CCUUUCCCAUACAUUUCAUCAAGUUUUGCAGUAUAAAGAUAUCUCUGAUGCUUGGGAGUCGCUGCUCUACUAGUAAUCUGGGGAAGAAAGAAACGGAAGGCCUUGAGACAGUUUCCUUAUUUCAGCAAAAACAGGUAGGGCGGGCUGCCCGGAGUAUGCCAGAGCCGAGCUCCUGGCCGACUACCUCCAGGCUAACCUGCCGGCCUUCAGGGUGCACAAGGUGGUUCAGCACCCCGACAGGUGGGAGCAGUGGCUUCAUGAUGUUUGUGAAAUGAAUGGAUGGGAGCACGAAUGGUCUCCAAUAAUUUGGAGAGAACUGUUGGACCGUGGAGGCAAGGGUCUUCUUCUGGGAGGACUUAAUGAAUUUCUGGAAUAUGCUCAGCACUAUUACGGUAUUACCUCAAUGAUGUUGACUGAGGAAAUGUUAGACAUUGCUGAGGAGAACUUACAAGCACAUGUGGAAUCUGAAAAAGAGCAGGAAGAGAUCAGAAGUCUUAUCAACCCUUUGCAGAUCUGGAUCACCAGUGCAUCAGCUCCAACCUGCUAUCAGCUUAUCCCUCUGCUGGCAAGCGGUGAUGUGUUUGGAAUGACCACAGAAAUCAGUAUCCAUUUGCUUGAUGCUGUCCAGUUUAAGGAAUGUCUUUCUGGUAUUGUAAUGGAAGCUGAAGACAUGGCAUUCCCACUCCUCCGUAGUAUUUCAGCGCACACUGAGGUAGAUAAGGCUUUUCUUCAAGCUGAUGUUAUCAUUGUUCUUGAUGAUAUCCUUUUAAAAAGAGGCACGCUGACCCUUGAGAACUGCAUUAGAACAGUGAGUGAGAUCUGUCAAGUGUAUGCUCCCCUGAUUGAGAAGAAUGCCAAGAGUGGAGUCAGAAUAAUUUCAACGGGAAAAACUUUUGUAAACCUUAAGGCAAUGAUGAUUAUCACAUACGGCCCAUCCAUUAAGCCUGAAAAUGUCAUUGCUGUUGCAACAUCCUGGGAAAGUGCAGCUAAAGCCAUGCUGGCCAGGAAGCUGAAUAUGAACACGGCAGGGGUUAAAGAUGUGAUUGUUUGGGGCAACGUUACUGGCUGUACCUACAUUGACUUGUCACAUGCAAAGCUUUACAGAUGUGACAGUGCUAUUUGGGGCCCAGCUAAUUUUUCACGUCCUUUGUUGAAUUUGAUUUACGAUAGCAAAUGGAUCAAUUCAGAAUUCAUUUCUGCACAGAGUUCGUUAAGGUCCCGUGUCUGCCAUUGUGCAGGAAUGUUACCUGCUCAUGCAGUAGCCACUGCACUAAGAUACUGGUUUCAUGGUUCUCCUCCUGGAGAGAUUGUUUCUAUGGGAGUACUUAGUGAAGGUCAAUUUUGUAUUCCUGAAGGGAUUAUCUUCUCUAUGCCUGUGAGGUUCCAGAAUGGUAGCUGGGAAGUUGUAACAGAAUUAGAAAUUAAUGAAAAAACACAGGAAGUUCUGGAAUGCUUAUCCUACGAUCUGAUACAGGAAAAGCGCGUUGCACUGAAGGAAAUAGAAGAAAUGCAUCCUUACAAAGCUGAUAAAAUCGCUGCUUAAAAGGAUGUGUGUCAAGAGAUGGAAACUUUUUCUACUGGCUCAGUUUAGCAGGAGUUGUCUUCAGGAGAAAAUGGUGAAAAUUCCCAUGCUAAAACAAUGUUUCUAUUAUUCAAAAGAGUAAACUACAAAGAAAUGCUAAGUGUUGUCAUAGCUUUUUAUUGUACUGUCUUCAUCCAAAUGUUGGAAAUCAGUAGGUGGAAAAUAUCUCCAGAGCAGUAUUAAUAUAAGUCUUAAUCUGGAAACCAAAGCAGAACAUUCACUCACUUUAAUGAAUCUAGAAUUUAAUGUAUGCCCAACUUCUUCAUAUGAACUAACUGUUUAGAAAAAACCCUUUAAUGUCUGAAGUGUUCAUAUUAGGAUGACUUUCAGCAACAUUGUCACAGAGUAGUGGUUUUGUAACUCUAAAUUCCCGCCUCUUAUGGUGGUUGGAGGCUAUGAUAAACAGUUCUAACGUGAGAAUGUUUAUUCUUAGGCAAGAUUGAUUUUUUACGCAACAGUUUAACUGCAUGCACCUUCUUGGUGACAAGAUCAUUUUUAUCUCUAUCAUUUUAUUUCAUUAGUUUCAUAGGGACUGCUCAUACAUUUCAAGACUGACAUACGAUUAAUUAGGUCCUUGUCUAGACUAGGUUGUUGAGGAACCGCUUUCGUUUUCAUGUCUUCAGUAUCUUAAAAGAUGGGAACUAUGAUAAACGAACUAUGAUUGUACUUGCUAAUUUUUUUAUCAGUUGUGAAUGUUGAAAGCAAAAUAAAAAGUUUCCUAUUCUUUGA